AUGUACAUCUGUCCCUUAGAUAACCAACCAGGUUGUUGGUGGGAAAAUCGAACAGGAAGUGUAGCAUGAUGUAGUUUUCUCCAGCCUAUCAGAUAGGUCUUUGAGUAUAGACUUGCCAUUUUUGCAUUUCAUGGGCAGAGGACAACUGCACCAGACGUGUAAGAGCUACUCACCAAGAUGAUCGAAACUGGAGGGAUUGUGGUACUUCUCAGUUUAAUGUAUGUGACAAAAUGCAAUGAUGUUCAGUAUCAAAUUCGGGAGGUUCAUCCUGGGGACCCAGUGACACUAUACUGUGUUUUUUCAAAGGAAGAUAUCAAUAUGUUCUGGUACAAACAAAUGGUGGGGCAAAAGCCUCAAACUAUUGUAACAAUGACAAAAUAUGAUAUGCCUGUAUGGCACAAGGACUUUAACCAUUCACGUGUCAAUGUGGAGAAGGCUGAUGCUGAUGGGAUGUAUCGACUUGCUAUUACAAACACGGGCCCAACAGAUGAAGCCGUUUACUAUUGUGCAGUGAGAACAGCCUAUGAAGUCAACUUUAUCAAUGGGACUCUUUUACUAUUGAAAGGUAAGAAUCACCAAAGGUCACACUACCAUACUAUAGUGCAGAGGCCAGUGUCUGACCCAGUCCAUCCAGGACACUCUGUGACUCUGCAGUGUACAGUACUCUCUGAGACCUGUACAGGAGAACACAGUGUGUACUGGUUCAGAGCCAGAUCAGGAGAAUCCCAUCCAGGAGUCAUUUACACCCCUGGGAACAAGAGUGAUGAGUGUAAGAAGAGCCCUGAGACUCCCUCUCCUACACAGAGCUGUGUCUAUAGCCUCUCCAAGAACAACCUCAGUCUCUCUGAUGCUGGGACUUACUACUGUGCUGUGGCCAUAUGUGGGGAGAUCAUGUUUGGCAAUGGAACAAUCCUGAAUAUUAAAAAAGCAACAGAUCCUGUAAUCAUUGCUCUGGGAGUGACCGCGGCCGUCUGUGUGAUUGGGAUCAUUAUCCUCCUCUGCACCAGACAUACUAGACCAGUUUGUGAACAUUGUAAAGUGGGUGCUUCUCAGCAUAUCGGACAUGACAACUCAACUAGAGAAUCAAGCAGCAAGGAUCAAGAUGCAGAUAGCCUGAAUUAUGCUGCAUUGCAUUUCUCUGAGAGGAAAACUAAAAGAGGAAGAAAGAAGAGAGAGACACCACAGGAGAGUGUGUACUCUGAUGUCAGGUGUUCAGACUGGGACUGAACGACAGUGCAGAGGAAUACAUUUGUCAAAAAUCUAUUUUUUAAUUGCUAUUAUAUACUUUGUCAAGACAAAAAGCAACACUCUUUUUGUAUCAUAGAGCUUCAGGGUUUUUCUCAUCUCUGCAACCAAGAACCAAAUCUCAUUGCUAGACUAAUGUGAGUAGCAGAAUCAAGACAGUCUCUUUCCUGUAUUUUAUUGUUUGUGUUUCCACUUAAUUCACGAAUUGAUCUCAAUUGUUGUUGUAAUGUUAAAUUAACCUUGUGAUAUUUACCACAGCAUUUCUUGAGUUCAAAUUUGAAUUUAUGAAUCUGUUGAUGUACAGUAUAUUUUGCUUUAUUACAUUACAAAAUGUACCAUUGCACAUUAAAACACAUUUCACCAGAAAAUAUUGUUUCCAUGUGAACCCAGUGCAGUCUCUCAAAGUUAUAUU